UCGGCAGGCUGCUUAACCCCGCGCAUGCGCAGACCGGCUCGAUUUGAGCAUUGUAUUUCCUGCUUGCUGUUUCCACUCGAAGCGAUGGCAGAAGUGAAAGCUUCCCUGAUUUGUGGCGUUAUAGCGGCUAUCCUGUCUUCGGCCGCGCUUGCAUUUGUUGAAGAUCUAGAUGACACAUUUAAAGACACCAGAGUGAAUGAUGUCUGGCUGGUUGAUUUCUAUGCGCCGUGGUGUGGCUACUGUAAAAAGCUCGAGCCAAUCUGGCAUGAUGUGGGAGUCGAGCUGAAGAGCUCUGGGUCGCCGGUCCGCGUCGGAAAGAUGGAUGCCACUGCUUACUCUGGAAUGGCAUCAGAGUUCGGUGUCCGUGGUUACCCCACAAUAAAACUGUUAAAGGGUGAUCUUGCCUAUAACUACAAGGGACCAAGGACAAAAGAUGAUAUUGUUGAGUUUGCCAACAGGGUGGCAGGACCAGCCGUCAGGGCACUUCCCAGCAAGCAAAUGUUUGAGCACAUGAUGAAACGACAUGAUGUGCUUUUUGUGUAUGUCGGCGGCGAGUCUCCCCUCAAAGAAAAGUACAACGACGUUGCCUCUGAACUCAUUGUCUACACUUAUUUCUUCUCGGCUCCAGAGGAUGUCUUUCCAGAGUCAGUAACUUUGCCAGAGCUUCCUGCGGUUGUGGUCUUUAAGGAUGGGGCCUACUUUACCUAUGAUGAGUAUGAAGAUUCUAGUUUGUCAUCGUGGGUGAACAAGGAGCGCUUCCAGGGAUACCUUCAGAUCGACGGCUUUACACUAUACGAGCUCGGGGAAACAGGCAAAUUGGUCGCGAUUGCAGUCAUCGAUGAGAAGGACCCCACAGAGGAGAGUCGCAGAUUAAAGGCCUUGAUUCAGAGGGUGGCGAAGGAAUACAGGGAACAUUUUAACAGGGACUUCCAGUUUGGCCACAUGGAUGGGAAUGACUACAUUAACAGCCUCAUUAUGGGCGAGGUGACGGUGCCCUCCGUUAUCAUCCUCAACACAUCCAACGAGCAGUAUUUCCUGCCCAGUGAGCCGAUUGAGACCAUGGAGCAGCUGGUCCAAUUCAUCAAUGGUGUUUUGAACGGUUCUGCACAGGCAAAUGGAGGUGACGGAUUCAUUCAGAGGAUCAAACGUAUAGCCUUUGAUGCCAGAUCCACCAUUAUGUCAGUGUUUCGCAGCUCUCCGCUGCUGGCCUGCUUCCUGUUUGGCCUACCGCUGGGUGUAAUUAGCCUGAUGUGCUAUGGCAUCUGCACGGCUGAGUCGGAUGACGGUUCAGAUGACAUAGAUGCGCUCAAGAGGGAGGGCCUGACUGAUGAAGAGGAUGAAGAAGAGGAGGAGGAGGAGGAGGAGGAGGAGAGGCAACGCGCCACUGAGCUGGAGGGUCCCGAAGAGGGCGAGAUCGAGGAAGACGAUGUCAGAGUGAAGGAUCCUGAAGAGAAGAAAACCGAUUAACACAGGGGCUCCCGUUGGAUAGAGGAUGAUGGGCCUAGUCAAAUGCAGUGACAUGAAACUCAAAGAACUAUCAAUGUAUUACUAUUCUGCGUCUUUGUCUUUCAUAUCACUUCCCCUCAGAGCCCCUCGAGCGCAGACUCUUCCCCCAUCUUUGAGUUCUGUGUUUAAGGUCGGCUGCUCAGUGAAGCCAUAAAAUCAUGUUUCAAACUAACAGCCUUUUUUAUAAUGGAGUGUAAACGCACACUGUUCAAGAGAAGGCGGGAUGGCUGUGAACCUAGCAAACCACUUAUUUAUUAUGAAUCAACCAACCAGUGGUUAAUUCCAUGUGAUUUUGACCCUUUCUCUUUGUUUUCUAAAAUGCCCCUAUUUAUUUUUAUUUUUUUUGUUAAAUGUCAAUUUCCUCCUAUUUUAUUUUUUUUUUAUUCUACUUUACUAUAUUAUCCUUAAUAUUGCCUUUAAAUAAUUAGACUUUUUGUCAACCAAAUAUUACCUAUAUUAUCAAAUAUAUAGUGAUUGGCGCGGGAAGAAAGCAAAGGAAGUGCCCAAGAAGGAAAAUCUGCCAUAAAUGAUUUAAAAAUUUUUUUUUUUAUUGUAUGUUCUUGCCUGAAAAUACUUCUUCUUCUUCUUCUUCUUCUUCUUCUUCUUCUUCUACUAGGGGCGUGAAGUGCUGAGACAGUCAUUCAUUUAAAUUUAUUUCUCAUGCCAGCAACCUUUUGAUGUCCAAUUAUGAGGCAAGUAAUUGGUAAUCAGUCGGUCUGAUACUAGAAUGUGGCAAAUGCGCAUUUCUUUCCAUUUUACGACCUACCUGCUCAAAAUUCCUAGCCUAGAUGUGUUGUACCUGUGAGGAGACACCCAUACCACGCAUCAGUAGUUCCUGCAGCUUUUAACAACUCAUGUGCCUCAGAUAGACUGGCUCUGUCAGUUUCCAUAUUUCAAUCUGUCCUCCAUCACUGGUUGCAAUAUUGAAUUCAGUAGGCAGGUUGAGGUUUAAAUCCCAAUGCACUGAGACGUACACUGAGCGUACAAAAUAUUGAACCAGUCUCCCUUCCUAGUCGUUGGUUUUACUUCCUUUUUCUGUAAUAACCCAUUAUUGUUAGGUUUCUUACGGCAUUGACAUUCAUCUCUAGCCUAUUUUCUUACCUUUUUGGCUGAAAUGUAUGUAAUAGCUGAUAUUAAGUAUGGGUUGCGGCUUCUUCUUGGAUUCAAGUGGCCUGCCUAUUACAAUACAGGACAAAUGUUCCUAAAACCUGCCACACCCAGCAGAAGAGUGCACCUUGUUGGAGUUGGUAGUGAGGCACGUUAAAGCACCUGAGAACAUGAUUCAUUAUCUUAAGUAUGUUCAGUAUAAAUUCAGCAUGUGUGACUUAAAAAAGGAAAAAAUAAAGGUAAACCCGUUAAAACUCAAAAGAACUCAGGGUGUAAUUUUGA